UCAAAUCUCAAGGCUUAAGCUGAUUAUUCUCGGUGCUUGUUGAUGCUAACCUAGAAUUGUUGACUAUUAGAUCAAAAGUUUCGCCACAUGAACCUACUAAGGCAUCAUGGCUUUUUGUCAGAAAAGGGAGACGCUUCUCAAUGCUAUUCGGCUUGAACUAGUUCGCACGUCAGAAAACGAGAUGGCUAAUGCGGAAAUUAUCUUAAACGGCGGGACGCCUUCCCGUUUGAAGAAUUCAGAUCGCAAGCCAUCAAUCGAGUCUCCUGAUCCAGUGGAAGACUUGCCGUUGACAUCGUCUACUAGUCUCGUCCCACUAAAACAAGCUGGUCAAAAUCAAAAUGAAGAGUCUAAGGGCAGGAAGGUUUUGGGAAAUGACGACUUCGCUGCAGCCUCUGAUGAUCACACUGGAGAUAUAAACGAAGUUUCUAGUGAUAAAAAUCACGCGCUCGAAGGCGAUGAUAAAGACUUGAUGAGUGGUGUUUCGCGUGAUAGCUUUUCACCUAGGCCACAAAGCAUCAGGUCAUUGGGACAAGGCGUAUAUUCCACCGUAUUCUCCACUGAAUCCAGUGUAACUACAAGCUCUCUUAUGCCAGGAGAUGCGUCUAGAAGUGGUGAUAUGGACUUGGAAUCUGUUUCUUUGGAUUCCAGUAUUGCUCGCACAAAAAGCUUCUUAUUUAAAAACACGGUGCCCUCGGACAAAGAAAUGGAUGUUUUUGGUUUCCAAAGCCAGCUGGACUCUGACGAUUAUUUCUCAACCGAUUCAGAAAUGUCCAGAUCGGCUGAUGAUGAUGGUUUGAGCACUAAAACGCGGCAAAGUUUAGCUUUGUAUGCAGAAAGUUCUUGGCGCCAGGAUGCGACAUCUGACUCCAGCCCCUCGACUCAUUCCAAAUUGAACAUUGCCGACUCAAAAUCGAGCUUGAACUCAAAAAGAAGUGGCGAGACACUUUUCACUAAGGGCAAACCUGGCUCCUUUUCAGUGAAACAUCACUCGAAUCUUACGAAUCUGUUAAAGGAAGAUUUUGGACUCGAAAACAACUUGUCGAAUGCUGUACACAGUGAUAAAGCCCUGCGGUGUUUGAUCACGGUGCCUCGACUAUCCAUUGGUUUUGAAAAUGCGAUUCAAAUAAAGGUAGAUGAGUCGUUUGCUGUGGAGGAUGUUAUUAAAGCUUCAUUAACACAAAUUAGGAGAAUAAGUCGAAAUAAAAGUGUCAUUUCUGCUGACGAUUUAAAUUCGCAGCAGUGGAAUCUGUAUCUAGCUGACGACGAUGGCCAGAUCGACGACGACAUGGGACCUCUUGAGAGAAAUCGGUUGCUAGUUUCUUAUUGUGCUGACGAAUUUGUUCUAGAUUACAAAUCUAACGAUGACAGCUCUCAAAAUGAUUUUGAACAUCCGAAGGUUGCCACCUCGAGUGUUUUGCAAGAAAGUACCAACGCUGGACCCAGAUCUGUAGAAACUCUUGGUUCUGAGAGACUUGCUUCUCUGAACUCCUCAUUGCAUGCUACUUCCGAUGGUUCAGGAAUUACCUUUGAUGAGAAAAAAAAUCAAAGCCAUAUACUCAUUGAUUCGAAUACAAGAAGACUUGCCUCCGGGAGGCAUAGUCAACAGGGGCCUGCAAUUGAACCAUUAAUAACAAAAGCUUCAAACAAUGCAUUGAUGGGCAAUGACGUGGGUUCAAGUAAUGAAACGUUGCAAGCCAAUUCAAUACAUCAUGUGUCUAAACGAAAGAAAAAAUUCCAAACCUUGCUUCAAUUGACGGGUCUAAAUGGAAAUGAGCCCCAUAUUUCUGGAACGUAUCAUGGAGACUCUCAAACUACCAAAGAUCGAGGUUAUCUGGGUUCAGGCACAUAUUAUAGAUGGACUAUUUGGCGGCGCCAACAAAUGUCUUUCAGAGGCAGGUAUCCCAAAUCUCUUGUAAUAGAUGGACAUCAAAUAUACAUUUUGCCAUUCAACGAAUCAAAAGGAUCUUGGUACGAGUCAAAAACCACUAGCUUUGAUUUCAAUCAAAUCAUUAAGGUGAAGCAAAACCCCCGCAUUCCUCACUAUUUCAAGAUAGUUGUCAUGAAGCAAAACCACGAAGCUCCAAAGACAUACCAUUUGGAAGCGGCGAAUGCGGCGGAAUCCAGAGCUAUUGUCAAAACUUUCAAUCUGUUGAUGGAAAAAUCGCGACGCCCGAAUGAGAAAACAUAGGCAAUAUCAAUGGACAUUGGCAAUGUCAAUCUGCAUUCAUAGUAAACAAUAGCUUAGCCAUUCAGAAACUCUAUAUUUGUUAAAGCUAUAUACUUCUGUACAGUUUCUAUUUCGGGACUUCAUAGCUCCAUCUCAAUCAGAACUCUGAUAUCGCAACCGCAAUAGAUUGAAUAUCGUCGUGGGAGAUGGAAACCUUGAUUGCUUUUACCCCUUGAUCGGAAGCGGCAACACCGGCUUCCCCAUGGAGUCUGACUGAUGGAGCUCCGUUGAUAUCCCGAAUAAUUUCAAUAUUUUUCAUAGAUGCGCCAGCCCCUUUGGACUUGACGCCCAAGGAUUUGAAAACUGCUUCUUUAGCAGACCAGGUUCCAGCAAAAGAUGCCCUUGGGCACGAAGACGAUGUGCAGUAUUGGAUCUCGGUAUCUGUGAAGUUCCUUUCCAAAAACGUUUCGUUUUCAAUAUUAACGGCGGACAGUAACUCCACGUCAACACCAACGCCUUUUUCGCCAGUCAGUCUACUAGCCAUGCUCUUGAGCAUCUCAGCUGUUUCUGUCGAGAACUCACUGGACAGUUUAGAGGACUGAAUUUCGGAUUCUUUGAAAGUUAGCUUAUUUUCUUUGGUAGCCGUAACGCGUGCAAGAGGAUCCAGGUACACUGACUCCUCUAAGUCAUCUGUGUAAGGCGCCUUCGUUUUAGCAACAAAGAGAGAGUUUGUUAACAUGGCAUUGUGCAUGUAACGGUAAGCUUUCUUAUAUCUCAUUUUGACCAACUUUUGGUACUGUUCAUACUCUUUUUCAGAAAGAGCCGCAUAAAGAUAGUCAGAAUUCACAAUAAUCGCUUGAGCACCUUUCUGUCCAAAACCGAAUGAGGUUACAGAAACUGCUUUUAUUCCAUCCGUCUUUAUUGUUCUCGAAGGGAAAAGAACAUAAUCAUAGUUUUCCAGGACUUUAUCAACAUUGUCGGCAUUUCUGUUUCCCGGAACCACACCCGUUUGCAAAAUUUGCAAACCACCAUUAAGCAUCCACGCACCAGCGGCACCCUUAGGGUGCCCAGUCAAAUACUUCUGGAAAACGCCAUACACGGGAUUUCCUUCCGUACGUCCUAAAUGGCUCAUCAUCUUAUCUAUGGCCGCAGUCUCAUUUUUAUCGUUUGCUUUAGUAGAUGUUCCGUGGAAAGAACACACACCCAAAUCAUCGAUCGUUAGAUCGAAUGUGGCCAACGCACCUCUUAUUGGUGCAAUGCGGGGAUCGUUUUUCCAAAACUCGUUACCAUACAUUCUUUGGGCUUCUUUGAUUUGACUUUUGGCUUCUUUUCGAAUUUCUUCAGCCCGUUCAGCCAGGAACCUUUCUUGAUCAAAAGAGGAAUCCUGGUUUGCAAGAGCCCUGGCUUCCUCCGAUAACAAAGAUAAUUCCUCCUCAACCCACUUUUUGAUCUGGGAGGUUCUGGCUUUGAGCUGUCUUGCUCUGUACUUGAUAUCCAGUUUAGGGGAUGUAAACCUAGAAUCUCCGUGAUGCUCUCUAGCAGUGGUAAGGAUACCUUUUCCAGGUGCAGGCACAGAUCUUCCAAUUUUAUCACUUGCCGUGGAUGCCAUCGCAACGAUACCAUAUAUAGGGACGCCCAUUUUAAGAGCCAAUUCUGCUGUCAUCAAAAUUUGCAAUCCUGAACCCUGAGCUUCCAUAAAGCCGCUUCUGCUAGUGGUGGUGGGUCUCGACAUAUCAGCAGGCGUGCGUCCAUGAGCAAACUCAUCAUCUGCAUUGGAAGUAGCAUUCAUAUUUGCGAAUUCAUAUGAACCUUCUUCUUGGAAGUCGUCAUAGCCACCCACAAUCACAAUUUUCGCCUUUCCUGAUAAAAUAGUUUCCAUUCCCACAUCAACGGAUUCCAAUGCUGUCGCACAUGCUCCGACAGGGGUCUUUAUUGGGCCAGACGAGGAUAACAAAAGCAUGUUCACCCAGGCAGACAUGGUAUUGAUGAACGACUCCUGAAGAAUGUCAUUUUGAACCGGUUGGUCUAAAAAUCUGUCUUUGAACAUGCCUUUGAGAGCCGAAACUCCACCCAUUCCCGAGCCAGAACAAUUGCCAACCUCAGACACAUGAACAUACUUGUAAAACUCAUAUGGAUCAGUGAUACCCGAACUCAGGAGUGUCUCGGCGACCGUGACUAAAACAUAUAGUGUUAUCGGAUCAACCUGUGAGAUGAUGUCAUCAUCAAUACCAUAUGUACGAGGAUCCCACCCAGUUGGGAUUUGUCCAGCAACUAGCCUAUCAAAUCUCAGAGCUUUAGGAAUGUAAAGUUUGGCCCCCUUUAAAACUCUGACAGAGUAUUCCUCAGCGCCUUCGAUUGGGAAGCAUUCAACAUGAUCCCCGUGCCAAGCUUUGUAUUGAUCUGCAGUAGCUUUAUCGGUCUCGAACGGCUCAAGAUCGUGCUGUACAACCACUUCUUGAAUAAACUUCUUUUUCUUUGGAUCAUAGCCAUGGAACAGUUCUGGUUCCACAAGUCUGAUACCGGAAUGUUUUAGAAUGUCCUCCUCAUACUUCUUCUUGACAUCCUUAUCAUCCACAGGUUCAUUGGUUUUCGCAUCAACCCAACCAGUGUACUGCUUUCCUUUGAUGGAGCCAUUGAAAUAUUUGAUAUAUCCCAUAAUCCAAGCCAUCUCAAUACAACCUUCUAAAGAGAAUUCACCACAAGCUUCCAUUUCCCAUCGAGUUCUAGAACUUCCCCAAGGACCAACCUCGGCAAAGCCUGUUAUCACAAUUACUCUUUCCAAAUCAAGCAUGCCUUCAAGAUCUGGAGCCAUCGCUUUCAGCUCCUUGUAAGACUUCAGAUUUGGGAAUUCAAAUUUCAUGUUAGCCCUUGGUUUGAUCUCUGCUUUGUUGAAGGGGUCGUCUGCACCAGAUCCGUUGACAAUCUUAUGUUCAAUUGCAGUUUCCACGCUAACGGCUCUGCGAACAUCGGAUGUUCUGUUGAUAUCCGAUCUCAAUUUGUUCGUAUAUUCUCUGAGAUUCUCCACAAAUUGGAGUCCACCAUUGAGGUCCGCCAUAAUUGGAGCUUCCUCACAAAGCUUCACGACUUCCGGAGUCAUUAAACCAAGAAUAUUGAAUGCCAUCUCUUUUUGAGAGAAAGUGCGAACGCCUAACUUUUCGAUUCCCUCUGCAAUGAUAUUGUUGCCCGACAUCAAACCCGUUCCUCUAGUCCAACCAAUUACUGUUCCGCAAAUGGUUAAAUAGGAUGACCACGACUCUGAGUGCCAUCUGUUGAAGAGAGUCUCAAGUCCAAGCUUGGACUCCGAGUAUAAACCAUCGGAUCCAAAAGUGCCAUGGUUGGGAGAUAGAGGGAGGAUUACCUGAGCUGGGCGAGUCUGAAUAUUUCUAUCCUUUUUCUUUGACGAAAUUUCCCCUAAUAAUCUCAACAAAUUAGUUAACAUGAUUCGAUGAGCUAAUUCAGAUCUGGAGUCAAUUGCAUCGAUCUCGAUUCCCAUUUCCGGAAUCGCAGCAAACGGGAUCACAUAAUCCAAAUCCCAUUGAAGUCCACCCUUUUUCCCGUCUUCAUAGAUAUAAUCAACAAGUGAUUUUAUAUCUUGCUUUGAUCCCUGAUUAAAAGGUACAACCACUAGCGUAGAAUCCGCAGCACCGUACCUGGAAUACAUCCGCUGAUAAUAUUCGGUGACAUUUUUGGAAAAUCUUGACGUAGUGACAAUGACUUUUGCACCACCCGACAAUAACCCUUGAAGAAUUUCAGCUCCGAUAGAACCUGCACCAGCCCCCGUCACCAAAGCAUACUUUCCUUUGAAUGUUAUGCCGUUAACUGCACCCUUUUCGAGACCAUCUAAAUAUGACGAGGAAGCAUGCUUAUCAUAUCUCCAAAAGCCCAAUCUGUCUUUCUUUUGAAUGUGCAAAAACGGUAUCGUUUCGGGUGGAAUAAUACUUGAAACAGGCUUAUGAAUUUCUGCAUAAUCCUUAAGCGAAGCAAUCUCAUCAGUGUCACUAUCGGAUUCAGGGACACUUUCAUCACCAAGAACAGCCUUUGUGGAUUUAGAAACCUCAAUUUCAGAUGACUGAUCAACAAAAUCUAGCAGUUUAGCAUAGAGUUUUUGAAAUUCAAUCUUGCUUUCAGCCGAAGCCUGCUUGGAAAUAGCUUUGUAUAUUCUGGAAAGGUCAUCUUUAAUGGAUGGCUGGGGCUCUUUCGUUAAUUCACCACCCAAUGCCAUUUCAUGAACAUAUUGUUCCAGCUUUCUAACAGCUGGUCUCACUUCCUCUGUAUAAAUUAUACGUCCCUUUUCGUCCACAGUCGUCUUUGGUCCGGUAGGGUAGGAGAUAUCUUUGUAAACUGGGCUCUUAUUAAGAACUUCACGACAAUUGUCAAUUAGUUGUUGUCCAAGCUUCUUCGCGAGCUCAUAUGUCUCACCUUUUUGAGUCGGGGUGUGAUCAAUGUGGUACUGCAUGAAUUUUAUCAGAGUUGGAUUAGCUCUAUUCAUGAUUUGAAUGCAUUGAGUGACCGUCUCCCUGUCCACAGAUGUCAACUUUCCAAAAAUGAUAUCAAAAUACAUGGAUAGCGCGUCCUGCCUUGCCCAGUUCCAGUAAGAGUCAUAGGAUCUAGCUUUCAACGAUGAAAAAACAGGUUUAAUCCCCGAGGCAUAAAAUUCACCAUGCUCCUCGGCCCACAAAUCAAGUUCAGCCUGAAGAAGAGCAGUCGCUUCUUUCUCCUUGAGGAAGAGUUUUUCACCUUUCAUCAAAUCGUAGUUCAAGUAUCUCGCCAGAGUUUCUAGCUGUUGACGAGCAAGAUUUUUGUUCUCCUUCAUUGCAGCAUCAAGAGCGGCAGAAUCGACAACCGCAGAGCCGCCAGAACCACCUGAGCUUUGAGACGCAGCUUGAGAUAAGGUGAGCCCAUUUUGAGACGCAUAAGAGUUGGAGGCGGAAUCCAAAAAUUGUUUAGCGUCAGCUUCUGAACCUAAUCUUUGGCUCGGUUCAUUUGUAAGAGCAUACAAUAGAACCGAAUCCUGUCUUCCAGGGCCAAGUCCCCAUCUAGAUUGAAGAUACUUUCUGGCCACACCUACAGAAAAACCACCAGGCAUUUUAGAGCUCAUCAAUCUUGCAAUAAGGGAGGAAGAUUGUUUUCCCAGUGAGCCCUGAAAUGUUUCCUGAAACUGCUCAGCAAGCUCUUGCAAUGGGGAAUCUUCUGGCUUCUCGGGAGUAGCUCCGAACUCCUUACCUAGAUCACCAAGAAUUUCAUUCUGGACAGUGGAUUUUCCACCGACAAGAUCCUUAAUCGCUUUCCCCAUUGAGAUAUCGUUGAGGGGUUUCUUCAAUUUGUGGGCAACCAAUGCCUGCAGAACCAACGAAGCUUUAACAGGCUCAUCAGGAACGUUGACUGCCACCUGCGUUGGCUCUGUAGUACUUUGCUGACUGACGACAGGCAAAGAAGGGCUGACCGGAGCAGCGGUUUCGUCGGAUGGCUUUGACGAUGGAAGAGACUCCUCAGCAGCAGUCACAAUAUCAGCAGGAUCGGGAGUGUAAUAAAUUUCUUUUUGGUCUUUCGAGUAACAAAGAACUUGUCUUUGCAAGGAGAGUGCUGCAUCAUAGGACUCGUACUUCGCCUUUAUGGUACGCGAAGCCAUACCCGCUAAAGUAGGGGAAGGCCCUAUUUCAACAACGCGUUCUGUGUUGAAGUCUCUCAGAAAAACGUCUUGAGUUUCGAUCCAUCUCACAGGAGAGGCAAAUUGGUAAGCCAGAAGCUCAGUCAACAAAACAUGAGAUAAUUCUUGUUCGAUCUCCGGCUUCAUUAUAGUGUAUAGAAAAAAAUCAAUAAGUAGGUCAAUUCAAAUUUAAAUAUCCUAAAACUUGUUGAAAGAAUUGUUGAGCUUUCAAAGGCUGUGCAAAAGUACAAAAAACGUUGUUGAAAACUUGCUGCUGUAUUGUAGACAAUUUGAAAAAACUCGGACAUUCCGAUUUACGCAAAAUUUCGUCCUCACAGAGCUAAAGAUAAGCAAUAGUCCUUAUUAUAGAACCAAUACUCCUGUAGCAGCCUAGCGAAGACUAAAACAUCAAUCUAUCAAAGCAUGUCCGCGGACCCAGAGAAUUCUCUGGGGUUGACCACCAGCCCGAUAAGAAAUUCGUUGCCACUCAUCUCUGAACGAUUUGAAAAGUAUAGACAGCUAGUUGUUUGCAUGGAGGCUUAUAUACACGAUCACUUAACUAUUGUCACCACAAGUAUCAAAUCACACGAAAAGCUACGUAAAAGUACUUCCAUUGACUCGGUAGUAAGGUUUGAAACUGAUCCAGAGGGUUCUAUGCAGGUGACUGAGACAUCGGAAAUCGAGCACGCUGGGUCUCAUGACCAUGAUAUCAACACUUUUUUCCGCCUUUUACAAGACCAGACGGAAUCACUUAUCAAGCAAAUGAGCCUUGCAGAAACUACCAUGAAAAGUCAAGUCAUUCCACAACUGAAGGGACUUCAAUCGUCAAUAAGUACGAAGCAAAAAGAGUUCAGUCACUUGUGUCACACACAUGAAAAGGAAUACAAGCUGGCAUUACAACAAACGAUGAAGGAAUUGGAACAUUUUGAGUUAUCUAUUUCGAAGUCCGAAAUGUUGCCUGAAAAUGCAAAGUCGGAUUUUCGUCAUGACCCUUAUUUCAGUAAAAGAAUACUCAUGUCUCAGGCAGACGCACAGCUUCAGUCUGAGCAGAAGUUUUUGAAUUUCAUACAAAAAAGUGAAACUGACUUGAGAUUAGCCGAAAUCCAAACUAUGCAGGAGUUGAAGCAAGUCUUCGAGUUAUUCUCAUCAAUUUUGGUUCACCUUCACGAAGACUACAGUAAAAGCUUUCAAAAGUUAAAUUCACAUUUUCAGGACAUCCCAAAUGAUCUUGAAUGGUCACGAUUUCUAAAAGUAUACGACAACAAACUAGCCUCAACAUCAGAAACUUUGCCUGGUUUAUCACAUCCCUCUUCUAACCGAGACUCGAUCCCCGAACCUCAUGAAAGAAAUCUCGAAACUGUGACUUUUCCAAAUAGACGACAUUUCUCAACAGUUCCCAUAUUGGAAGGAGUUUUGGCAAGAAAGGAUGGAAAGUUUAGCUCGAAGAUGUCAUCACAUUAUUAUGUUAUCACCAAAAAUCGAUUUCUCUUCGAGUUCAAUUCCAGGGUCUGUUCGAACACCCAACCAAAUCAUGUCUUUUUCCUACCUGAAUGCACUGUCAAAGAUUUAGUCGACUCAGGCCCUUACAGAUUCAAACUUCAUGGCAAAGAUUUGUCAUCAGCAUUCAUCAAGAGCUCUAAAACAUUGGUGUUGGAGGCAUCCUCUGAAGACGAACUCAAGACUUGGUACAAUGUCCUGAGCGAGCUGACAGGUUUGAUGUACUCAAGCCAAGAAUCUCGAGAUUCGGACUAGCCAAAAGUCAGGUGCUUAAAAGAUUAUAUACGCUAAU